AUAAAAUUGUCAGACUACUUGGCGACGAUACAGAUGAGAAGAUUGUACAUGUACGUUACGCCGACAAGGUUGAAUGAGGCGAUUGUAAAGAGAAUGGGCUCUAGAGUGUCUAGAGGUUCUGUUGAUCAAAUCAUGGUGCAAUCUGUCAUUGAUGUUGAUAAGCUGGAGUCCAAAAUGGAAUCAGUAAUUUCUGGCUUAAAAUGGGAUUUUACAAAGAAAUUAUCUUCUCGUAUUACUCCUGGAAUAUUGGAUGAUAUUGCAGUGCAAGUUGAUGGAAAGACAUUACCACUUAACCAGUUGGGACACAUAGCAGCUAGAAGUUCACAAAUUAUGCUUGUUAAUCUCACAGCAGCACCACAGGCUGUUGGACCUGCAGUUAGAGCCAUACGAAGUGCUAAUCUGGGUCUAACCCCAUUGCAAGAAGGAUGUGUGAUUAAAAUACCUAUACCAAAGAUGACAAAGGAAUUGAGAGAGCAAUUGUCCAAAGCAGCAAAGCAGAGAGCAGAGAAGGCAAGAGUGGGGAUACGGAAGGUUCGUCAGAAGGGAAUGAAUGAAGUAAAACAGAAUGGAAAGACGGUGUCUCAAAAUGACGUCAGGAUGGCUCAACAACAUAUUGAUAGUAAGACAGCUCUGUAUGUAGACAAAAUAGACAGACUUUUGGAUGCAAAGAGAAAGGAGUUACUUCAGAGUUGAUGUUGACUACUGUCAACAAAUUAGUUGAAUUGCAUAAAUUAUACAUAGAUCAAAGUACACUGUAAACCGUUUAACGUCCAUCUUGCAAGCUACAGUGUCCAUGUAGGUUGCAAAUGUAUUAAGCUGGAUUUACAAUAUGUGUCCUUAUUGUUUAGUACCAUGGUAUAGACGCCAUGUAUUAAUUAAGUCAGUUUUAUUCUGCAA